AUGGUUAUUGACACCACAAUCUCAAGAUUUCAGCCGAAAGAUGUAAUUGAGCUGCGUAACUUGAUACAAGCCGUAUUACGCGCCCUGCUAUCCAUGGAUACCGAGACGACUCUCCUGGACGAACCGCAGAACAUUACCAUGGACGACAACGAGAAGAACCAGGAACACGGCGACAACGACGGGGAUGGACACGCAGACAAUGUGAUGAGAACGCUAGCAAAACCAACAAAGGAUCUUGUUGUCUGUAUGCGAGAGGGCGUUCUCAGAUGUGACGCAGCGCUGAUGGACCUCUCGGGCCACAGAAGGUCAAUCGGCCCGUCCCCAGACGCCUCGUCUGCCACUGCAGCCUUGGAAAUCCACCUUGGGCAGACAAUUGCCACUUUCGACACGGUAGAGUCCUCGCUACUGCAGUCCGGUAGUCUCCCUGACUCUGCAGUCUACGACUCUGAAAUUGCGCAGCUGUUUGUGUUCGCGCGACACGUCCGCGAAGCCGCCGCAGCCGUGCAGCUCCUCCUCCACCAUGUGAGCGAGAUGCAGACAGCGCCCCAGUGGCCGCGCCUUCAACUGCCGUCCUACCCCCUGCCUAAGGCCAUCUACCGGACAAAUGCUCAGAUCCGGCACGACCGAGGCGGCGUCGUCGCGGGCUCGUACGAUGCCACCUUUGGCGACAUUGCUCGACUGUUGGAUACGAUCAAAUCCCGCGCGCACGAGCCCGCGGGACGCACGUCAACCAGUGCGGGGGCUGAUGAUACCCAGCUGCGGCCCGAAACAUCCAACGCAUCCGGGACCGGACGGCCCACGAACAGCAGUGACGCAAAACCAAGCGGCGGCGGCGGUAGCAAAACAAAAGUGAGGUACCAGAUCUGGCGCGGCCUGUAUCGGCUGCAGGGCCCCGAGAGCAAGUAUGCGCUCAAGGCGUGCUUGGUGAUCUCGCUGCUCGCCGUGCCGUCGUACCUCGACAGCAGCAAGCGGUGGUGGGAUCGGUACGACGCGUGGUGGGCCGUCGCCAUGAGCUGGGUCGUCAUGCACCCGCGUGUCGGCGGCAACCUCCAGGACCUGCUCAACCGGUCGUGUCUCGCCGUCCUCGGUGCUGUCUGGGCCGGGGCCGCACACGCCGCGGGCGGCGGGAACCCCCUCGUCGUGGCCGCCUUUGCCGCCGUCUACAUGCUACCUAUGCUCUACCGAUACGCGCUCAGCUCCCACCCGCGCUCCGGCCUGGUCGGCAGCCUGUCCUUUACCGUCGUCUCGCUCAGCCUCCUCAACGACACCACCACCACCCCCACUGCCGCUGACGCCGCCUGCAGAGGCCUCGCCUUCUUCGUCGGCACCGCCGCGCCGAUGCUCGUCAACUGGGCGCUGUGGCCCUUUGUCGCGCGCCACGAGCUGCGCGCCGCGCUCUCCGCCAUGCUCUUCUUCCUGAGCGUUACCUACCGCAGCGCCCUCGCCACCUACGUCGACUUCGACGACCGGCGGCCCCCCUCCCCCGCCGAGCGUCCGCCAGCUGCUCGUUCUCACCCGCCACGAGCCCCGCCUGCGCGCCCGCUUCGACCCCCUCCCGUGGCCGCCCUGCGCCACCACGGCGGAGGAGCAGGGGACGCAGGCGGGGCCGAGGCACGGCUGCUGCCGCUGCGCCGCGAUGCCGUCGCCGCGGUGCUCGCUACGCUGUAUGUCUUAGCUGGUGCGCUGCGCGCUCGCCGGCGCGUGCCGCGGUACCUCCCCAGCGCUGCUGCGGCGCGCAAGGCCCUGCUCGUGGGGUCUGACGCCGCCGAGGAAGCUGCAGCGGCGGCGGCAGAGCGCGACGAGGUCGCCGACGCGGCACAUCGCAGGUGGAGCGACAUUUACUGCUUCUCGUACAACCAGAGUCUGACGGGCUGCGUUGUGCAGCUCGAGGAGAUGGAAAAGUACACAAAACUCAUUGUGGGCGAGCAAGGAUUCGAUGACCAAUUUAGCAUGUAA